GGUGGCCCCGGAGACCUGAUCUCUGCUUGCUCUCCCUUUGCCCCAGGCCCCCGCAGGACAUCAGCCUGGAGGAGUUUGACGAUGAGGACCUGUCGGAAAUCACGGAUGACUGUGGCAUUGGACUGAACUAUGACUCGGACCAUUAUGAGAAGGACGGCCUGGUGCUGGAGCGCUGUGAGCAGCCCCACCCCAUCUGCACCUUCUCGGAGGAUUUCCAGGAGUUUGAGAUGAUCGAUGACAACGAGGACGAGGAGGAGCCGGACAGGACCGGACUGGACGUGCCGCCCUCUCCUUCGGCCUCCCCCAUCCCCUCACCCGGCGCCGAGGAGACACAGAAGCCCCGGCCCAGUACCCUGAGCCUGAGCGUGCCGGGGGCCCAGGAUUCCCUGAACAACAACGGCAGCUACCCUCCUCCCCCCCCUGCUCAGCGGGCCACCUGGCAGGAGACCCUUCUCCACUCCUCCUCCUCCUCCUCUUCCUCACACGCUGGGCACCUGUCUCCUUCUCACCCUUGUGUCCAAGAUGGCCCCUGCUUGGACAGUCAGAAUGGCCGGGGGCUGACCACUGAGGAAACAGGGCAGGCCCAGACGCUGCUCAAAUCCUCCUUCUAUGACUCGGAAGGCAACAGACAUAAGUCUCGGGCAUAUGGGCCUGCCGCUCCUCCUAGCAUAACCCCUCACUUGGAAGCCAGCAAGGAGCCCCAGACCUGCGACGCCAACUCCCGGCAGCCCAAAGCCACCGAAAGCGACUGUGCGAAGCUCAAGCCCGAGGCAGCCAGCGGCAGAGAGAGACAAAAGCCCAGUGAGGAGGGUCCCCCUGCAGAUGGCACUGGGGGGGAAGCAGGCCUGGCUCUUAGUCGUGGCUCCCCCAUCACCCUCCUUGGCCAGUCCAGCACCCCACUGUCGGAGGAAGAGCUGCCCAAGGGCUAUGGAGACAGUGAAGUUGGAGUCUUCACUGAUCGGAGCGAUGGGGAAAGGGAGUGCACUCUGGGGGCCUACGUCUGCCUGAGGGGGCUGACAGAGCAGCUGAGCUCUGAAGGGGAGGGUCCCCACUGCAGCAGGGCCGCCAGCAUGCGUGGGCUCCCUUCAGGCUCCUCCGAGACCACGUCUCCGUCGUCCGACCCGGGCAUUGAGGCAGAUCUCACCAGCAGGAACUCAAAGCAGUUCCUGCCCCGCGGCCGGCACAGCGAUGACCUCAGCUCCCCGGGUUCUGACUCCGAUGUAGAGGGGGAAAUCGAGGCAGCUUUUGCUUGUGGGGGCCGCCUGGUCAGCAACAUGAUUUCCUCCAUCUCGGAGACAGAGCUGGAUCUGAGCAGCGACAGCAGCAGUGGCAGGUCCUCCCACCUCACUAACUCCAUCGAGGAGGCCAGCUCCCCCACCUCGGAGGCGGAGCUGGAGACGGAGCUUGAUGGCCAGGGGCUCAUGGGCAUCAAGGACUCCCUGCUGCUGGAUAAGUGCAAGCAGGAGGAGGAGGUGACCCUGGAGGGGGAGCUGCCGGAGAGCCGCUUGAGGGACAGGAGCAUGGUGAGGAGAGAGAGCCUGGCCGACCUGAAGAUGGAGGGUUAUUACGACACGUUGAACCCGGAGGACUCUUCCGCCCCAGUCGACCAGACAGAUAUAUCUGGGUCCAGUCCCCUGGAUCUAAAGAUUGACCCGGACCACAGCCUGGAGAGCAUCCGCCGCUCCUUCUACUUGCCCAUCGGGCCCAAGCUCCUGCCGGAGGUGGACGACGAGGGUAACAGCGAGUACGACUCUGACUCCGAGUCGGAGCCUGACCUGAGCGAGGACUCAGACUCACCCUGGCUGCUCAGCAACCUCGUCAACAAGAUGAUCUUGGAGGGCUCGUACCCCCUCAAGUGCCCGGACGAGUGCUUCCAGCAGGCCCACUCCCUCUGCGACACCAUCUCCCCGGCCUCUGACCUGGAGCCCGAGAUCCUCAGCGAGUCCCUGGACGUGCAGCCCAGCUUGCGGGACUCCCCGGGGAGCGAAGCAGAGCCGGCCAAGCUGUCUGGCUCCCAGCAGAGCAUCGAGCUGGUGGACAUGGAGACUCUGCGCAGCUCACUCCAGAGUGCCGAGGACGAGAAACCCACAAGCACGAGCCCUGCCACAGAGGCCUCGCCUCUGGGAAGUGACCCGGGUCCUUAUUUAUUCAUGAGCAACCCGACCAAUGACACUAUUACGCCGGUGUUCCUGGGGCAGUCCCUCUCCAUCGACAGGCUGGGCAGCACGGGGGGGCUGGCCAACUUUGGCUGCUGCACGGGGCCCAUCAAAAGCUUCCCUUUCGCCUCCCCCGCCAGCACAGAGGGCUCGGACCCAGCGUCCAGAGAACAGGGCACAGAGGUGGAGCCGGCAGCUGGGCCAGAGGAUUGGGCCAUCGAUAAGGACCUGGACUCGGGGAUCCUGGAGGACAAUGACAUGAUCGAUGACAUCCGGUUAGAGCGCCUGGGCCGGAACCCCGACGCCUUCCUGCCCAUGCUCGACGUCUCCACGGCCAAGACCAACCGGUGCUUCAACCUGAGCUACUCCACGGACGAGGAUGACGUGCCCUAUUUCGGCAGCCUGAAGGGCUCCCCCUUCCAUGACGACACGCAGAGCUUCGAGGAGGACCUGCCGCUUCCUCCGCCCCCCAUGGCCCAGGAGCCACGGCCGCUGGAUGAGUCCCUGGCCUACGACUCCAUCAAAUACACUCUGGUGGUGGAUGAGAACACGCAGCUGGAGCUGGUGAGCCUGAAGCGCUGCACCUCGGUGCUGAGCGACGACAGUGAGCUGCUGAGAGCCUGCGACAACUGCGACCUGGAGGACGAGGACGAGUUUGGGGAGGGGCUGACGGCACAGGACGGGCAGAGCUCCUCGGAGGACUCCUCCCCCGAAGCCGACCUCCAGUUCUCCAAGAAGUUCCUCAAUGUCUUUGUCAAUAGCACAUCCCGCUCCUCCAGUACGGAGUCCUUUGGGCUGUUCUCAUGCAUGGUGAACGGGGAAGAACGGGAGCAGACUCACCGGGCUGUCUUCAGGUUUAUCCCUCGCCACGAGGACGAGCUGGAGCUGGAUGUGGACGACCCGAUCCUGGUGGAGCUGGAGGAGGACGAUUACUGGUACCGAGGCUACAACAUGCGGACUGGAGAGAGAGGCAUCUUCCCGGCGUUCUAUGCCCACGAGGUGGUGAGCCAAGCCAAGGAGGUCAUCGGGCUGAAGCGGAACCCGUCCUGGGUGGAGAGGUUCAACGUGCAGUUUCUGGGCUCCGUGGAGGUCCCAUACCACCAGGGAAAUGGCAUCCUGUGUGCAGCCAUGCAGAAGAUCGCCACCACCAGGAAGCUGACGGUGCAUUUGCGCCCACCGGCCACCUGUGACCUGAAGAUAACGCUGCAGGGCAUCAAGCUGAUCCUGACGGCGAAUGAGUACAGCCGGGACGACGAGUAUGAGCAAUGCAGCCACUUCUUCCAGAUGAAGAACAUCUCCUUCUGCGGCUGCCACCCCAGGAACAGCUGUUACUUCGGGUUCAUCACCAAACACCCCAUGCUCAGCCGCUUCGCCUGCCACGUCUUCGUCUCCCAGGAGUCCAUGCGGCACGUCGCCGAGUGUGUCGGCCGGGCGUUUCAGGAAUAUUACCAGGAGCACCUGGAGUACGCCUGCCCCACAGAGGACAUUUACCUGGAGUAAGGGAGCAAGGCACUGCGUCUCCUGCUUCCGCCCCCCAUCCAGCCCCACAGAUGGCCAGAGACUCUGUCUGACCCCACAACCAGCCGGCUUGGACCCUCCUGCUGCACAUGCUCCGGCCCCCCCACCCGACAGACUUGCUGCACAUCCUCCCUGCUUCUCUCUGGGGCCCGAGAGCCGGCUGCACCCUCCCGGAGCCGGGCUGGCGCGCAGGCGUGGCCCAGGCGGGGCGGGCUGGAGGUGUUGGCCUGGGGCACCCAGCCCUGGCCUGGCCCCUUCCCCGGUGGUGCUGGGAGCGGGGCCCGUGGGCCGGAGGAGAGACGCCUGCAGGGGCCCCUGCCUCAGUGACCGAAACUAACGCAGGGAGCACAAGGGCUGGGCCAGGGCGGCUGCAGCCUGCAGCAAGCUCCCCGGGGGAGGGAGAGAGCACAGUGAGAGGGGGAGGGGCCAAC